UGCGAGGAGGCAGAUAAAGCAAAAAGAAAAACAUACAACAGUGAGGAUUCGCUGGUGGUCACCCACCCAACUACUAACUCACCGGCGUGUGGCUUGAGUACGGCUGAGCGGACGGGAAGCCCUAUUUUCCACACCCUAUGGUCCAGGGGCUACAGAGUGCGGAUUAGGCUAGCACCUACAACACCUAUUUUCAAAACACUCGGCCUUGCUCCCAUAGGAAAAGGUGAACAAAAAGAGAAAACAAAAACAUACAACAGUGAGGAUUCGCUGGUGGUCACCCACCCAACUACUAACUCACCGGCGUGUGGCUUAAGUACGGCUGAGCGGACGGGAAGCCCUGUUUUCCACACCCUAUGGUCGUAUGUGAUGACUAUUAGAAGAGUUAGAAAUAUAAAGAAGGAAAAACAGCAAAUUCUACAACCAAGUUCAAACCCGGGAAAAAAGAGAGCAAAGCAAGAUUGGCCUUGA